AACUUAUCCCUGUACAUCCAGCCAAUAUACAACAAUGCCUUUUUUUACAUUGCUUGGAUCUUUUUCUGAAGUUCAUUGUGUGUAGAAGGAAUCCCUUACCACCGUUUAACACUAUUUUAUUACACCGUUAACAUCAUUAAACUCUUUUAAAAUACCACUAUUGUCAGUAUACAUUUUUUAUCAUUAUUAUUUUUAUAAAAACUUGGCAAUUAUUGCUAAAACCCUGACUUUCAGCUCUGUCACAAAGUAAGCAUGUACGUUUCAUAAAAUUAUAUUUUAUUGUUUUUAAAACCGGUUGGGAACAGGUAGAGGCGGAGUCUAUGAAUACCUAACCCCACCCAUAAACUUCCCCCACUAAAGUGAAAGCCUACUCGCGUCGGAAUGCUCUUCUGCUUGAAAGUCUUUCUGACAGCAAUAAUAUUUGGAGAUUAUGUCACGCACUUUCAGUCUUGGAGUAGUCGAGUGUGAGUCGCGCUGAUUAGCCCCGGUUUGGGGCAACUUUGUUUUGUCUUGUUUUUGUUUCACUUGCCUCACGCAUUGUAAACUGAACUGUACCGUCGUCACCGUUGUGUUGGAUCAACAAACAACCGAGGCGGAACGAGAUCCACCUGACACAGAUCAAUGGAGCCAGAAAGACCAGGCUCACUAGAGCCAUGCUGUGAACCCAUAAAGCAUGGGUUAAGUAAAACAUGUUGUAGAGAUGCUGCCAGUGCCAACCCAGAAUUAAGAUUGAUGCAGUCAGAAAGAGCAGAUUCGCCGGCGCCCAGCUGUGUGUCUAUAAACAGUGCUCAGUCAAUAGAGCUUCCCGUGUUCUUCAGGCAUAAACAAAGGUUACAUACAAGAAGACAAUGUCAGAGUUGUGAUGGGAAAAAGCCAGCACUCAGAGAGUGCAGCACUGACUGUCAACAUGCUGAAGUCCACAACAAACAUAUAUCAGAUCUGUGGAAAAUAUUUCACUGUUUAUGUGAGGGAACAGAAAAGCAGGGAAACCCAACACUUCUUAGUGAGAUCUACACUGAGCUCUACAUCACCGAAGGGGGAAGUGGAGAGAUCAAUGAUGAGCAUGAGGUCCAUUGGAUUGAAAAAGCAUCAAGAAAAGCUGCAACAGAAGAUACCCCAAUCAGCCUGAAUGCCAUUUUCUCACCAUUACUUGGACAAAAGCAACCCAUCAGAACUGUGCUGACUAAAGGAGUCGCUGGGAUUGGAAAAACAGUCUCCGUGCAGAAGUUCAUUCUGGACUGGGCUGAAGGGAAAGCAAAUCAGGACAUCCACUUCAUAUUUCCACUUCCUUUCAGAGAGCUCAAUUUGAUAAAUGACAAAAAGCUCAGUCUUUCAUAUCUUCUCCAAGUUUUUUUCCCUGAAACAAAGGAAGUGGACGUUUUCAGUGAUAAAUAUAAAGUUAUGUUUAUCUUUGAUGGUCUAGACGAGUGCCGUUUUCUCUUAGAUUUUCCCAGCAAUGAAAUUCUACUGGAUGCAACCAAAGAAACAUCAGUAGAUGUGCUGCUGACAAACCUCAUUGUGGGGAAUCUGCUUCCCUCUGCUCUCAUCUGGAUCACCUCCAGACCAGCAGCAGCUGAUCUCAUUCCCUCUGAGUGUGUCCAUCGAGUGACAGAGGUACGAGGCUUCAAUGACCCUCAGAAAGAGGAAUAUUUCAGGAAAAGAAUCAGUGAUCAGAUCCUGUCCGACAGGAUCAUCUCACACCUGAAGUCAUCGAGGAGCCUCUAUAUCAUGUGUCACAUCCCAGUGUUCUGCUGGAUCUCAGCCACAGUUCUAGAGAAGAUGUUGAGUCAAGCAGAGAGUGGAGAGAUUCCCCAGACUCUCACUCAAAUGUACACACACUUCCUGAUCCUUCAGAUGAGAAAUAUGCAUGAGAAGGCCUUUAAAAUGAAAGUGAAAGAUGAAGACAUGAUCCUCAAACUGGGGAAACUGGCUUUUAGGCACCUUAUGAAAGGCAGUGUGAUCUUUUAUGAAGAAGAUCUGAGAGAAUGUGGCAUUGAUGUGACAGAAGCAUCAGUAUACUCGGGGUUGUGCACUCAGAUCUUCAGAGAGGAGUUUGGUCUGUGUCAGAGGAAAGUCUUCUGCUUCGUUCAUCUGAGCAUUCAGGAACAUCUAGCAGCUGUGUACGUGAUGUUUUCAUUCAAUUUGAAAAACCUAGAUGUUCUCAGUGAAUACCAGUCCUUAAAUCAGGAUGUUCAGUACCCAGCAUGUUUCACAAUCUAUGAGAGGGCUGUGGAAACAGCUUUGAAAAGUAAGAAUGGCCAUCUAGACCUCUUUCUUCGCUUCCUUCUGGGUCUCUUGUUAGAGUCCAAUCAGACUCUUUUUCAGUGCCUACUUACACAAACAGGAGCAACAUCUCACAAUACGGAGCAAAUUAUCCAGUAUGUCAAGAGGAAGAUUACAGAAGAUCUUUCUCCAGAGAAAUCCAUCAAUUUGUUUCACUGUCUGAAUGAACUAGGUGAUCAUACUCUGGAAAAUGAAAUCCAAGACUAUCUGAAUGCUGGAACAAUCCAAGAUGCCAUUCUGUCUCCGUCUCAGUGGUCAGCGCUGGUUUUUGUGUUGCUUACCUCAGAGAAACUGGAAGUGUUUGAACUAAACAAAUACAUCAGGGAUGAAUUUAAUCAAAAACACCUCACACAAGAUCAAGUUCUCCAUAAUCUACUGCCUGUGGUUGAACUGUCCAGAUCAGCUCAGCUUGGCUGUUGUAGCCUGUCAGAGAAUUGCUGUGCUGAUCUGGCAUCAGUUCUCAGCUCAGAAUCCUCAUGUCUGAGAGAAGUAAACUUAAACUUCAAUAAUCUGCAGAGUUCAGGUGUGAAGCUCCUUUCUGUUGGACUGGGAAAUCCUCACUGCAAACUAGAAACAUUGUGGUUAUGGCGGUGUGGUCUCACACACGAAUGCUGUGCCUCUCUGGCUUCAGCCCUGAAUUCAAACCCUUCACAUAUGAGAGAGCUGGAUCUGUCUGACAAUAACAUUGGAAAUCAAGGCAUGAAGCUUUUCUCUGAUGGACUAAAAAAUCCUCAGUGCAAACUGGAGACACUGAAGCUGAGAUUUUGUAACUUGUCAUAUAAAAGUUGUGCAGCUCUGGCUUUAGCUCUGACAUCAAACCCCUCACACCUGAGAGAGCUGGAUCUGUCUGAGAAUGUAUUGGGAGAUGGAGUUAACUUUAUCUCUGAUGGACUCAAAAAUCCUCUUUGUAAACUGGAGAUAUUAUGGCUUCGAGGUUGUGAUGUAACAGAUGAAGGUUGUGCUGCUCUGGCUUCAGCUCUGAGAUCAAACCCCUCACACCUGAGAGAGCUGGAUCUGACUAAAAAUAAUAUCACAGACAUGGGAGCAAACCAGCUCUCUGCUAUAAAAUUGGAUCCACUAUAUAAACUGGAGAAAUUAGAGUAUUCUGUCCAACACAUUAGGAGUCAUCAUUCAAUGGAUCAACUCAAGGUUGAAAAGCCCAGCUCAGAGCAGCAAGGGAGAUCAGCAUCUCCAUGUCCUAGCGAUGUGUCCAUGAGGAGUGAUCACUCCAUGGGUCAUCCAGAGAAUUUAAAUGAAUCCAGUGCUGCCUCACCCCUUGAUAAAGUUCAAGAAGCAGUCCAGUCAAAUCUGAGGAGCAGAUUUCAGUGUUUAUGUGAAGGGAUAUCAAGACAGAGUGACCUCAUUCCUCUCAAUGAGAUCUACACUGAGCUCUACAUCACAGAAGGUGGAAGUGGAGAGAUCAAUGAUGAGCAUGAGAUCAGGUGGAUUGAAACUGCAUUUAGGAGAAGAACCUCAGAUGAUACGCCAAUCAACUUGAAUGACAUCUUCAAACUUUUAUCUGGACAAGAUCAGCCCAUCAGAACUGUGCUGACUAAAGGAAUCGCUGGGAUUGGAAAAACAGUCUCUGUGCAGAAGUUCAUUCUGGACUGGGCUGAAGGAAAAGCAAAUCAGGACAUCCACUUCAUAUUUCCACUUCCUUUCAGAGAGCUCAAUUUGAUAAAGGACCAAACAUUCAGUCUUCAAGAUCUUCUGCAACUUUUCAUGGGAACAGAACAACUUGAAAUCUCUCCAAAUGGACGUAAAUUAAUUUUCAUCUUCGAUGGUUUGGAUGAGUGUCGACUGGGUCUGGAUUUUCACAACAGUGUGAGGUUGUGUGAUGUGACUGAAUCAGCCUCAGUAGAUGUGCUGCUGACAAACCUCAUUGUGGGGAAUCUGCUUCCCUCUGCUCUCAUCUGGAUCACCUCCAGACCAGCAGCAGCUGAUCUCAUUCCCUCUGAGUGUGUCCAUCGAGUGACAGAGGUACGAGGCUUCAAUGACCCGCAGAAAGAGGAGUAUUUCAGGAAGAGAAUCAGUGAUCAGAUCCUGUCCGACAGGAUCAUCUCACACCUGAAGUCAUCGAGGAGCCUCUACAUCAUGUGUCACAUCCCAGUGUUCUGCUGGAUCUCAGCCACAGUUCUAGAAAAGAUGUUGAGUCAAGCAGAGAGUGGAGAGAUUCCCCAGACUCUCACUCAAAUGUACACACACUUCCUGAUCCUUCAGAUGAGAAAUAUGCAUGAGAAGGACUACGAUAAGAACAUUAAAGAUACAGACAUGGUUCUCAAACUGGGUAAAUUAGCUUUUCAUCAACUGGAGAAACGGAAUCUGAUCUUCUACGAGGAAGAUCUUAAAGAAUAUGGCAUUGACGUACAAGAAGCAUCUGUGUACUCAGGAUUGUGCACUCAGAUCUUCAGAGAAGAAUCAGGCCUGUUUCAGGGGAGAGUCUACUGUUUUGUUCAUUUGAGUGUUCAGGAACAUCUUGCAGCUUUAUAUGUGUACCUCUCUUUUGUGAAUCAAAAUAUAAAUGUGAUAGACCAACCUAGUCUUCUACCCAGUGUUCUGACUUGUGUUCCAAAAGGUUCAUUAUCAAUAUCUGACCUCUAUCAGAAAGCUGUAAAGAAAGCUCUGCAGAGUACAAGUGGACAUCUGGACCUUUUCCUUCGCUUCUUUCUUGGAUUCUCACUGGAGUCCAAUCAGACGCUCUUACGAGGCCUACGGUCUCAGAUAGAAAGCAGCUCUGACAGUAAAGAGAGAAUAGUUAUUUACCUAAAGCAGAAGAUCAGAGAGAAUCCAUCUCCAGAGAAAUCAAUCAAUCUGUUCCACUGCCUGAACGAACUGAAGGAUCAUUCACUAGUGGAGGAAGUGCAGCGUUACCUAAAAUCAGGGUCAGAAAUAAAGACCACACUGACAGCCUCACAGUGGUCAGCUAUGGUCUUUGUAUUGCUGACCUCAGGGCAAAAACUAGAUGUGUUUGAUUUAAAGAAGUAUGUUUGGACACAUGUCUUGCCAGAUGAAAGUCUUCAAAAGCUACAACCAGUGCUUGAAGCAUCUAGAACGGCAAAUCUUGGUGAUCAGAACCUAUCAAGAAAAAGCUAUGCCACUUUAGUUUCUGUUCUUACAUCAAAAACCUCAUGUCUGAGAGAGUUGAACCUGGCUCAGAGUAAUGUAAGUGAUUCAGGACUUAGGCUACUCUGUGAUGGCCUGCAAAAUCCUCAAUUUCGUUUAGAAACACUGAAACUGGAGUUUUGUGAUGUUUCUGAUAAGGAUUGUGAUUUUCUGGCUCUGGCUUUGAGAUCAAACCCCUCACAUCUAAAAGAGCUGGAUCUGUCUGGAAAUAAACUCACUAACUCCGGAUUAAAGAUUCUUUCUGCUGAAUUACAGAAUCCUCUUUGUAAACUUAAGAAUCUGUGGAUUAGACUUUGUGGUAUCACAAGUGAUGGCUGUGCAUCUCUGGCUUUAGUUCUGAGAUCAAAGCAUUCAUAUUUGAGAGGACUGAAUCUGUCUGGGAAUAGAUUAGGAGAUUCAGGAAUAAAGAAGUUCGCUGAAGGACUAGAGAAUCCUCACUGUAAACUGGAGAUAUUGAGGUUGAGGGAUUGUGGUAUCACAGAUGAAGGCUGUGCUGCUCUGGCUUCAGCUCUGAGAUCAAACCCCUCACACCUGAGAGAACUGGAUCUGUCUGGGAAUAAACUUGGAGACACUGGAUUGCGGAAGUUAUCUGAUGAUCUGGAGAAUUCUGACUGUAAUCUUGAGACACUCAGGCAAGAUUUUCACUCACCAGAUUUGUCAAAUAAGUCCUUUGUUCCAAAGCUAGAGACAGAAAUGAUUGUAAUUUUCUCAGCAGGUUAAAUCAUUGUGAAUUCUCUGAUGAGGGCUGUACUGCUCUGGGUUCAGCUUUGAAAUCAAACCCCUCACACCUGAGAGAACUGGAUCUAGGCUGGAA